GAAAUUGGUUCUCAAAAUCAGUCACAAAUCAUUUGAAAAUUCGAAUUUCUGUUACACAAAAUAAAUAAAUCCAGCCAUUAAAUUAUUGUUUAUUUUUUCCCCAAUUAUAGCUCAGAACUUUCUCUCUCUAGAUGUCAAUGGCGAAUCCGAACCUUGCUGCUUAACCGCCGAGGACCUGACCUUUUUCCUUCUAUAUCUGCGCACUUCAAAAUAACGGUUUGCCUGGCUUGAUCUGAAGGCUUCUGUUAUCGAAUUCGCGUGGUGAUUUGAUUGAGAACUGAAUUACUUUUUUUUUUUUAAUUGUUUUGAGUUCGGCAUUGCUGUAUUUGGAUACCUGUGGCGGUUAAUUUGGCUUUUAGUGAGGAAGGCAGUUGCUGAAUGGAUUGUUUGCAGCCCUAAAAGGGAAAGUUUGCGCGAUCUAAAUACAUACGUCAUAACUUAGGAUAAUUGAUAACUGAAUCAUGUGAAAUUGCAGAAUUAUUGGUUUGCGCCGAUGCUAGCUGAGAUAGUUUGGAGUUUUGAUCGUAUUUUUUGUGAUCUGAUAAUUGGUUAUGGUCUUCAGUUGUUGGAGGUUGAAUUUGGAGCAAUAACCAAACUCCAGUUGGAAAAUUUCUGCAUUCAUUUUGAAUAGAUCACAAGAGUUGGACAUGAGAAGCUCUUGGUACAAUAAACUAUUAUUGACCUUUGGGCCUAGACCGCCGCUCAACUGGUUGCUUUUGUUUCUAGUUAUUGUAUUAGUUUUGGUUGCGCUAUUGGGAUCUUCUCCUUUUAAUCCACUCGAUUCUGUGACUGAUCCUACAAGACCUGACAUUUAUUCGAGCUAUAGAAGGUUGAAAGAGCAAGCUGUUAAUGAUUACUUGGAAUUGCGAAAAUUAGGAACCAGUCCGUCAAAGGAUUUCGAUCUCUGUGGGAAGGAACGAGAGAAUUAUGUUCCUUGCUACAAUUCAUCUGCUAACCUGCUAGCUGGUUUUAAAGAUGGGGAGGACCUUGAUCGUCAUUGUGAAGUAUCACGAGACCGAGAGUAUUGUUUGGUUCGUCCCCCAAAGGACUAUAAAAUCCCUUUGACCUGGCCAAGUGGAAGGGAUGUGAUAUGGAGUGGAAAUGUGAAGCUGAGCAAAGACCAAUUUCUUUCAUCGGGCAGCAUGACAAAAAGGCUGAUGUUACUAGAAGAGAAUCAAAUUUCAUUUCAUUCGGAUGAUGAAAUGGUUGUUGAUGGCGUGAAAGAUUACUCUCACCAGAUCGCUGAGAUGAUAGGACUGGGGAGUGACACUGAAUUUCGUGAUGCUGGUGUGCACAAUGUAUUAGAUAUUGGGUGUGGGUUUGGUAGCUUUGGUGCACAUUUGCUCUCACUGAAGGUAAUGGCUGUCUGUAUGGCGGCGUAUGAAUCAACUGGCAGCCAAGUUCAGGUAGCCCUUGAAAGAGGUCUCCCAGCAGUAAUUGGAAAUUUCAUCUCAAAACAGAUACCAUUUCCUUCCUUGUCAUAUGACAUGAUUCACUGUACUCAGUGUGGUAUUUUCUGGGAUGACAAAGAUGGAAUGUUUCUUAUUGAAGUUGACAGAGUCCUCAAACCUGGAGGGUACUUUGUUUUAACCUCACCCAGAAGGCGGCAAGGAAGCAAAAGAGCCAUAGCAACUCCUCUUGAAGAAUUUACGCCAAAACUUUGCUGGAAUCUUCUGGCACAGCAAGACGAAACAUUCAUCUGGCAGAAAACCACAGAUGCUAAAUGCUACUCCAGUAAGCAGACCUUUCCCCUUUGUAAUGGGGAAGAUGGCCAAUCUUACUAUAAACCACUUGCACAGUGUAUAAGUGGGACUGGUACCAAGCGUUGGAUUCCAAUUCAGAACAGGUCUUCUGGUUCAUUGAGUUCUGCUGAGCUUGCUAUCCAUGGAAUAAGUCCUGAAGAUUUAUUUCAGGACUCGGAGUAUUGGAGGUCUGCUUUAAGAAAUUAUUGGUCACUGCUUUCUCCCUUAAUUUUUUCUGACCAUCCAAAGAGGCCUGGUGAUGAAGACCCAAUGCCCCCGUACAAUAUGGUUCGAAAUGUGAUGGACAUGAAUGCUCGUUACGGAGGUUUAAAUACUGCCCUUUUGGAAGCAAGAAAGUCUGUGUGGGUAAUGAAUGUCGUUCCUGUGGGUCAACAUAACACACUUCCUGUCAUUCUUGAUCAAGCUUUUGCGGGUGUCUUGCAUAACUGGUGUGAACCUUUCCCCACAUACCCUCGCACGUAUGAUAUGCUUCACGCUAAUGGACUUUUAUCACACCUUGCUUCUGAGAGAUGCAGUAUGCUUGAUUUAAUUUUUGAAAUGGACCGCAUUCUUCGGCCUGAGGGAUGGGUUAUAAUUUCUGAUAAGGUUGGUCAAAUAGAGAUAGCACGAACUCUUGUGACACAGCUGCGGUGGGAAGCCCGAGUCAUCGACCUUCAAGAUGGCAGUGAGCAACGCCUGCUAGUAUGCCAGAAACCGUUUCUGAGAAAAUGAGGUUUCCUAGUACGAAAUAUUUCGCCAUCUAUACGACACUCGGCUUGCUUUAAACGAACAUCGGAUGGAGCACGCACUGUGUCUAAUUUUUGACACUGUGAAGAUGAAAUCACAUCAGUUAUGGUAAAAUGAUGGAGUUAGAGCAAUGAGGAAGUUUCCUGACACGUUUUUCUGGAGAAGAAAUGUAAUUCUAUACAGAUGAGAAAUUUUGGAGGUUGUAGAUAUCUGAUUAAUGUUUGCUGCUGCAGUUCAAAGGAAAAGAAGAUUUUUCCCACUCUAAAGGAGACAGAUUGUAGCAAAGUUGAUCCUUGUGUUUUUUUUAAUGUAUUUAUUAAUUAUUUGUGUAAUUCAAUCAUGUUUGUAUUUCUUAUUCGAUUGCUACAAAGUUCAAUUUUAUGUUCUAUAUUCUGGGUUCUUUUUC